GCUCACGAGUCUCUUUAUCUAUAAAAGUUUCUCUCUGGUUUCCUGAAUCGCCACUAGCCUCCACCCUUCUCUCUCUCACACACACACCAAAAUCCGAUCCUUUGAAGUGGAAGUUCCUGUAAUCUUCCUUUCAUGGCCUCGGAUAAAGGUCUGCCCUUGCCCAAGUUUGGUGAGUGGGAUGUAAGUAAUCCUGCCUCGGCUGAAGGAUUUACUGUCAUAUUUAACAAGGCCAGAGAUAAGAAGAAAACAAAAAAUGCUCCAGCAAAAGUAAUGUCCCCAAGAAGAAAUGAUGCUGUGCACAAGAACAAUGAUUCUUAUCAGAAUUCUCCAAAGUGGAAAUGGCUUUGCUGUGGUUGAACCAUAGUGUAAUUCCUUCAAGUGAAUGUGCCUGGCGUCCUAGUGGAGCAUCGAGUUGAUUCUGAUUAUAUCCUUCUCCCUCCUGCUGUUUUGGGCUUUCAAGUUUCAUUUUAUGUUUCUUAUGCUUUUGAUAAAAUGUGAAAGAGAGAGAAUUGCAUAUAAAAAUUCCGUAGAAUUUGUUGCUUCAUAGGGACUACCAGUGCUUUCUCUUUUUGGGUCUGAGAGAGAACAGAAU